AUGUACCGCGCGUCACGCAUCCCCGCGCGCGCGCGUUGGCGCAUCGCGUCGCUCGCGUCGCCGCGGCGCGCGCCGUCGCCGCGUCACCGCCGCUCGCUCGUCGUCGUUCGCGCCGCGCGCGCGACGCCCGCGACGUUCGAUUACACCGCCCUCGUCGCGAGCGUGCGGGAGAUAAACGCGCUGUCGACGCCGGUGAAGAUCGACGCGUGCGCGCAGGUGGACGCGCACUCGAUGACGCUGGACGCGCGCGCGGCGGAUGGACGGCGGAGCGUGCGAGUGAGUUGGCACCCGGUGACCGCGCACGUCGCGAUGAGCGCGCGCGGGGCCAAGGUGGAGAAGGGGAUGAAUCUUAGUUUUGGCGAGAGCGCGAACGCGCUGCUCAAGGGGAAGGUGCUGCUGGAUGCGCGCGUGGGGACGGCGUGGGAACGCGCGUGUCGGUUGCGAUUCGGCGAUAGGCCGGGAGGUGAGGCAGAGUACGAGCUGUUGUGUGAGGUCAUGGGGCGGUACAGCAACGCGUUCUUGCUUGAUAGUAAAAAUAAUGAUGAAGUUUUAGCGUGUGGGUAUCAGGUUGGGGAGAAACAGACGAGUGUGCGGCGAUUGGCGAUCGGGUACGCGUACGAGCCGCCGCCCUCGGCGCCCGGGAUCGAUCCCACGACCGGGGUUGAAGGGGGCGUGGACGGAUGGACCGCGGUGUUGCGCGACGUCGCACGCGGUCGCAGUGGUGAUAUGGGCGAAGCGCGUUUGGAUGAGUGCAUGGUGCGCGCGUUUCGAGGGGUGUCACCGGCUUUGGCCAAGGCGUUGAUUCGCGGCGCGGGCGUCGCCGAUGGCGAGCGCGUCGAAACCGCGAGUGCGAGCGAUUGGGUCGCCGUGUACGAUGAGUUCAUGCGAUGGAUUGCGAGCGUUUCAAGUGAUGCCGACAGUGCGGGUACGCUCGCAAACGCCACGUGGUGCGAAGAGUUCGGGCAGUUCGUUGCCGGCGGGCCGAUCGGCGCUCUUUUCGGCGCUGUGUACGGCGAAGCGGGCGAAACCGACGUGUUCGAGCGCGAACGCUCGCGCAUUUUACAAGCCGUGCGCGCGCGUCUGAAAAAGUUGGCGAGCAAAGACGUUGGGUUCCGCAAGCAAUUAGAGGCGGCGAGCGGGCACGAAGAAAUUCAACUGCUCGCCGACGCGUUGAUGGCGUACAGUUACAACUAUAAGCCUGGUUCGAGCGAGCUUGAGGGUCAAGACUUCACCACGGGCGAGACAGUGAUGUUUAAAGUAGAUCCCGAGAAAGGUCCUGUGGGCACCGCCGAGGCGCUGUACAAAAAGACGAGAAAGCUGCGUCGCACCGCCGACGCCGUCGAGCCGCUCAUCGAACAAAAUGCGAGCGAGAUUGAGUAUUUAGAGGGCGUCGAAUUUAGUAUUCUCGAAGUCAGCGAGUUCAAAUCGCGCGACGAUUUAUUGUUCAUCGAGGAAAUUGGCGCCGAACUCAAGGGCGGCGGCGCGAAGCCGAAAACCGGUAAGCAAGCGCGUAAGCAAGAGAUGAUGAACGCCAUUCGCAUCUAUACCGCGCCGAGUGGAAAGGAGGUGUACUGCGGAAGAAAUAGCCGCGGAAACGAAGCGGUUUCGCUUUUCUUCGGACAAGACCAAGACGUGUGGUUUCACGUUCGCGGCGCCCCGGGCGCGCACGUCAUCCUUCGCCAACAACCAGGCGAAACCGCCUCAGACGACGACAUCCAAUUCGCCGCCAACGUCGCGAGCUUUCAUUCGAAAGUGAGAACGGGCGGCAAAGUCAACGUUUCGUACACGUCUCCUAAGUACGUGAAAAAGCCCAAGGGCGCCAGGCUCGGCAUGGUCACCAUCGACCGCGAAGACGUCAUCGUCGGACGACCGGACGACGUCGCGGACGUCUGCGACGGGCGAUGAAUCGCGCGCAUCGCUCAAACUUGUAACAUUCGCCCCCUCGUCCCGAGGACCCAUAAAGUCAUAAAGCGUCCAUCGCGUCGUCGCGCGCACCGUCGCGUCUCGCCGCGCCCUUCGCCGCGCGCCCCGCGGGCUUCGCGCGUCGCGCGCGACGCCGACGCCGACGCCUCGCCUCCGACCGCGCGCGCGUCGACCGCGUCGACCGCGGCGACCGCGCG